AAGGUGGGAUAGAGGGACACGGGGCUGGCAGCCGGCCUCCGGCAGAUCCCAGCGGAACUAGGCUCUCGGGGAAUCCCUCGGGGCUCCCGGGGGUUCCUGAGCGGGUGCCCAUUCCCUGAGCACCCUUUGGGCAGGGCCGUGGCCGAGCCCCCGUCUCUGAAUCCCCCGCAGGUGUCGGGCAGCCUCCGGCAGAAGGCGAUGCCGGGCUCGGCGCCGCCGGAGCUGCAGGAGCUGCGGAGCCGCACGGAGCGCGCCGAGCGGCGGCUCCUGGCCUGCGAGAACCUGGUCGGGGAGCUGGGCAGCGGCCUGGCCGCCCUGAGCACCCUCCUGCAGGACUACGGGCAGCUGCAGGAGCGCCUGUUCAACCUGGAGAACCUCCUCAAGAACAGGAACUUCUGGAUCCUGCGCCUGCCCCCCGGCUCCGGGGGGGAGAUCCCCAAGGUGCCGCUCACCUUCGAUGAUAUCUCGGUGUAUUUCAACGAGCUGGAGUGGGAGAGGCUGGAGCGCUGGCAGAAGGAUCUGUACAGGGCCGUGAUGAGGGGCAACUACGAGACCUUGGUGUCCCUGGACUACGCCGUGUCCAAGCCCGACAUCCUGUCCAGGAUGGAGAGGGAUGAGGAGCUCGGUGACAAAGAGGGUCAGGAACCCCCAUGGAUGCAGUCUGGGGACGCUCAGGAGCUCCUCCGGGCAGCAGAAGAGGUGGACAAGGCAGAUGAGGCUCCAGGAGAUGAAUUCCCCUUGGAAGCUGCCCCAGACGUUGCCGCGCCCAACAGCCACAUCGAGGGGGAUGAAGAGCCCAGCAAGGAAAAGGGUCCGGAGCCCUCAUGGACACGGAGUGGGAACAGCCACAAAACCCUACAGGUGCAGACAGGGGACAGCCAGGAGCGCCCUGAGACACAGAUUGGGAACAGCCCGAAAUCCCCACGGGCACGGAGUGGGAACAGCCAGAAAACGCCAGAGACACAGGGCGGGGACAGCCCAAAGUCCCCAUGGACACGGAGUGGGAACAGCCACAAAACCCCACAGAUGCAGACUGGGGACAACCAGAGAACCCCAUGGACACGGAGUGGGAACAGCCAGAAAACCCCACAGGUACAGACUGGGGACAGACAGAGCCCUGCACAGACACAGGCUGCAGACAGCCCAAAAUCCUCAUGGACACGGAGUGGGAACAGCCCAAAGUCCCCGAGGACACAGGGUGGGAACAGCCCAAAGUCCCCACGGACAAGGAGUGGGAACAGCCCGAAGUCCCUGUGGGCACACACUGGGGACAGCCAGACACUGCCUCAGACACAGACUGGGGACAGUCAGAACCCCCUCCAGACAGAUGUCCCCAACAAUCAGAAGCCCCCACAGACACCAGAAGAGACGGAGCAGCAGGAAGAACCUUUGGGAGAGGAUCCCAUGCCCACGGAAGCUGGCCCAGAGCUCCCCAUCCUGAUGAUGAAUGUGAUGUCUCUGGGGGACUGUCAGCUGGGGAUGGUGGCAGAGGAGGACCCGGAGAUGGAGGAGGACACGGCAGAGCCUGACACUGAGGAAGCCUCACCCAUGGAAGAUGAAACGCCGUGCGCAGGGGCUUCUCCCGAAGACAUCAAGGUGAAGGAAGAGGAGCCCGAGCUGCUGGCAGAAGAAUCCACGCCCUCUCCCAGCUCAGAGAUGCAGAAGUGUCCCAAAAACGAGCUGGUGAAAGCCAGGAGCAAGAAGAAGCCGACGCGGUGCGAGACCAGCAACCUCCUGAUGGGCAACUGCCGGCGCGGGUACGUGCGGGAAUGGUCCCACCCGUGCACGGAGUGCGGGAAGCGCUUCCGCCUCAAGAUCAACCUCAUCAUCCACCAGCGCAGCCACGCCAAGGAGGGGCCCUACGAGUGCCCCGUGUGCGAGAUCGGCUUCAGCAACAAGCGGCACCUGGACCUUCACCACAGCAUCCACAUCAAGGACAGAGCCUUCGGGGCCAAGGUCUGGGGCAACGUGCACCCCGAGCUGCGCGUCCGCCCGCGCAGGCACCUGUGCGGCGGCCGCCACGCCGCGGGGGCCUGGCUGGGCCAGCCCAAGAGGGAGCCGGACGGAGAGGGCCCGAAUCCGGCGCGGCCGCCCGAUUCCAGGCUGAAGUGCCCCUACUGCAAGAAGUUCCUGUCCUGCUCCGUGUCGCUGCAGCGGCACCUCCAGACGCACGCACGGGAGCGGCCCUACUGCUGCAGCUCCUGCAACAAGUGCUUCACCCGCAACAAUCACCUCUUGCGCCACAAGAAGAUCCACGAGCGGGCUCUGGCCGGGCUCCAGGGGGAGGCCAGCGCUCGGCCCCCCGCUGCUGUCGCGGCGCCGCCGGAGCACGCGGCUCCCGAGGCGCAGACGAGCCUUUCCCAGGGCAACGGGAGCCUCGAGGCCGUAAAAACGAGCCUGCCCGACACGCUGCUGUUGGGAGCGACGCCGCUGGAGCUCCCAGACAAAGGCUCCCUGGUCCCUGACUGCAUCAGGAAAGCCGUGCAGCCCGUGGUCCAGCUGGGAUCGAGGGCAGUGGCUUCGGGGAUGGAAGAGAAAUGACCCCGGGACGGAUGUGAACUGUGCGCGUCCCUGGAGAAAAGCCGUGAGUUGGGUUUGCACCUGAUGGGACACCGGGAUUGGGAGUCUGCUGCGUUUUAGGAGCUUCCUGGGUUGUAGAAAGAAUGGGAAGCCUGGAGACCACAACAGGGAGCGAAUUGCAGAAGCCUCCAGUGAUCCAUAAUGCUUUACCAAUCCACUGACUCGUUCCUGUUGGCCGAUGCUGGGAAUUUUCCGGAGCUGGAAUUCCUGGGAGAUGACCAGGUGAAUCCUGGUCGAGCAGGAGCAGAGCUUUCGCAUUCCUUGAUGUCGGAGCUGUCCCCUUGCGUUGGGGAACACAACCGAAGAGGGCAGGGAGAAGGGAAUGGGGCUGGCAGCAUUCCCAAGCGGCCCUUUGCUCCGUGGACCAAGCUUCCUGAGACACCAGAUGGAGAGUGACAUCUCUGAGACCCCGCCACGUCCUGGCCGCCCUUGGGAACGCUGGAGCUUUGCACUGGAAGAUCCACAGGACAAACCAAACCACAACAUUCCAUCCCGGCAUAUUCCGGGGAUCCCGGCGGGUCUAUCAGGGAGGCCACAGGCACCCUCGGGACCACCCUGCGUGGGCGCAGAGCGAUUUUAGGAAUACUUGACGGGUCAGCCGGCCCCGUGCUGCUGCAGCACCCUCGUGGAUCCGCCUGCACCGAGCAGCCCCUCGGCUCUGGAGGGAGCUCCCACUCUUCCAACAGCAGCUCGUCCCCUUUUUGCCCAAAAUCCCACCAUAAUGAAUCCUAAAGCAGUUCUGCAGCUACCUCAGUCAGGGAGAGGGGGACCUGCCCGGAGGCAGCCGGUGGGAGCCAGGCUCUGGUGUCCCCCGGAGCCACCGGAGCAGCGUCGGUGGCCAGAGCCCCACGUGCAUCCCACGCUCCGGGCGUGCACAGGGAGCACAUCCCACCCGGAGCCAUCGCCACACGGACCCGGUGGCACAGCUGUUGGGACUCCUGCAUUCAGUUUUCCUUUUUUUGUUUGUUUGUUUUCUUUGAGUUUUCUUUGAGUUGUUUGAUGUAAUCACUUGAUGUCCCGAGGUCUCUGUCCCUCUCUGAGCAGUGAGCACCGGCAGGCUUUUCCCGUCUUUCAUUCCGAGUCACUCCCGAGGUGCGAUGAUGCUGCUGUGGGAGCGCCUGUGCCACAUCCCAGGUGUGAUCCUCACACACCACCUGCUCCGCAGGAACACACACCUGACAUCCCACUGCUCCUCUGGGCUGGUGUCUCACAAUUCCUGCCCCUGGGACUGCGGUGUGGAGCAUUCCCAGCAGGAGCUGGGAGCGGUGCCAGUGGCAGACACAGGGGGGGUUGAUGCCUGGUGGUGUGACCGUGGAUCCCUGCCCGGGUGGAGAUCCCAGUGCUCCCCAGCCGAUCCCAGGGGCAUGGCUGAGCUGCUGUUGCCAGUGGGUGAAUCCCCCCACUGCAGCCCCAACCUGGCAUUUUUAAACCUGCUGUGACCGGGAGCGGCGUUUCCUGCGACAUUCCCGAUCCCUUUCUCAGGCUGUGGAAUCAAUAAAGUAUUGGUCUCUCUG